CCGUGCCCAGACGGGUUUUGGGGCAUAGAGUGUCGGUACCAGUGUGACUGUGAUGUUGGCGCGACCUGUGACCCCGCCACGGGAGUGUGCUCGUGUCCGCCUGGCAAACGCGGCCAUCACUGUUCCAACACUUGCCCGGAGGACCGAUGGGGAAGCGACUGUCAACACGUGUGUUUGUGUCAUAAUGGUGGAACGUGUGACCGCGUGUCAGGGGCGUGUGUGUGUACCCCGGGCUACACCGGUGCCACGUGUCAAUAGAGGUGUCCUACGGGAACCUUUGGAAGUGGAUGUCAACAUACCUGUUUGUGUCAGCACGGUGCCAACUGUCAGCACGACACCGGGGCGUGUGUGUGUGUCCCCCAGGGUACACCGGCACACACUGCCAGCGAGAAUGCGGGCCGGAUAGUUACGGUGCAGGGUGUGUCUUCAAGUGCGAGUGUCGGCACGGAGGUGAAUGUGAUCCUGAGAGUGGGGUGUGCAAGUGUGCCCCAGGAUGGCGGGGACCACAGUGCCAGAAAUCCUGUCCUAAAGGGAAGUGGGGAGCUGGAUGUGAACGCGUAUGCGACUGUGAGCAAGAAGCAAGUUGCCAUGCGAUCACAGGCCAGUGCCAGUGUCCUCCAGGCUUCAUUGGUGACAGGUGUCAGUUCAGUAAGUAGUUAUACAUACCUACAGUACUCAGCAGACUAAAGGCACUGUCACAUGAUUAGUGAACGAGUGUGGUGGCCAAGCACGCUUCUC